AUGAUUAAAAGAAAUUUUAAACAAAUCUAAACAAAUUUUAUAAAAAAUUUAAAAUUUACAUAUAAAAAGCUUAAAGAAGUUCCAAAAGAAGAAUUCAUAGUAACUCAAACAUCAACAAAGCCAACCCAAAUAACAGAUGUUAAAAAUCCUAAAGUCGGUGAAAAAAAAUAUAAAUGGUGUUCUUGUGGAUUAAGUUUAUCAUAAGUAAUAAUAUCCAUUCCUUUUUGUGAUGGAUCUCAUAAAGGAACUGCUUUUAUUCCUUUUAGGUUUACAAUUGAAGAAGCAGUUAAUUAAAUAUAACUUUGUGGCUGUAAAUUUACAAAAAAUGCACCUUUUUGUGAUAGAGAAACUUGUUAAUGCUUAGUUUCUUCAAAUAAAACUAUAGAUAACAAUACAGACAAAAAUAUAUAAAAUUGA